CCUCAAUGCUGUAAAUUUAUUUUGACUAAGGAUUAUCGACUGCAAUUCAAAAGAACCACUGAAUGCGUUUUCAUGAAGUGUAAAAAGUGGUGUUCAAGCUCUGUUUUUGCGAAUUACAACUUGAGUGUAAAUGGAAUCACACUAUGAUGAAGCUUUUCCCUGUGAUCGUUCAGAAUGGAGCAAGAUUGCAAACUUGAUGCCCUGUGAUCGAUCUGAUUGGAGCAAGAUCACAGCCUUGAUUGAAGAACUUGGCAACGUUCUUAACAUCAAACAAGCGUUGCAAGUUCUCUUGAAAAUUAGUCAACAAGUUCAUGGUACCAAAGAAGCUUCCGUUCCUCAUCAACUCUUGGAGGUGUUCCUUCUGGAGUGUACAACUGAAGAUGAGCAAUUUAAGAUAGUACAUAAGAUCCUGCCUGUUAUUGCAAGUGCUGCUGGAUCGCUAAAACCAAAUGAAAACUUACCAAUCAUCAAGCAACAAAGUGAAGCAUCUUUUGGCACAACAUCUACGAGCAUUGCAGUUGACCGAGACUUGCUCAUCAGCAUUAUCGCUAACUGUGUUCUUUGUACAAUACCUCUAUCUAGGUUGGUACCAGUUCACCCGCUCGUCAAAUUCUUAUCUAGCUCAAAUGGACUACUUUCAAAUUCACAUAGAGUGGAGAAAUUACGCUGUAUUUUCAAGUUCUUUGAGGUAGAAGUCAGUGGUGAAGUGAACCAACCAAAAGGUUCGCAAGUCGUCUACACAUACAAGGUCAGAUCUUCUUCUAGAUCAACAGAACAAAGCAAAGGUCAUUGUAUUUGUCCUCUGUUGCUACCAGCCUCAUUGUUUCUUGAACCAAUUGGUGUUGAUGAUGUGCUAGAAAUUUCUGGUUUUGGUGACGGGUGUUUGCUUGCAGGACAUUCAACAGAUCUGAUCUAUAUUGGACAGCCUACAGAAGAAACAAUUGGACAGGAAGAACUGGAUAGUGUUUAUCAUGAUGCUAUUGACCAAUCAGAUGGAACAAUAGAAAGUGAUUAUGAAACUGCGCCAGAAAGUCUAACACAUAAUAGUUUUCUUUCUCCAUACGAACUUGUAUCGGGCUACAGUAAUUCUCUUAGCAAGGCUAUAACAAAUUGCGCAAUAUAUGACGCGGUACGCAGCAGAAAACUACGCCGUGACUCUGACGACAGUCGCUCGUCUCAGUAUUCAAGCAACUCAUCAAACCGAUCAAACCCUCGAGAACAAGCGAGCUUUACAGAAUCGGGACACACGGUGCAUAAUGUGGCACAGUAUUAUUACCAGGACACAGAUCGUCUGCACGUGAAUUUGCUGCGUCGUCGCAGCUCUAAUGAACUCUCGUCUCAUCAUAGUACCAGUCUGUCAGAGUUUGGUUCAGAAAUGGAUGAAUAUUUCGGAAAGAAGAUCUCAGCGAUUACCGAAGAUGACUCACAACCUCAUGUAGACGAUUUUGCUACAACUCUUGCGUCAUCAGUUGUGUUACACGGCCUGCACACAGCUUCUUCGCUGAUGCCAGGGAUCCAGCAGUUUGAAGCUAAACAGCCAGUCGGUGUUGCAAUGAGACCAAUCGCUCUCCGUCCCACUCCUGAUAGUAUCACCCCUGAACUCAGCUCUGAUGGAGACCACUCACGUCAGGUCAACUCAGUAGAAAAGUUUGCUCAAAAUAUGGUAGAAAAGAGCUUAGCGAUGAUAUUUGGUGUAUGUAAUAGUAAAUCUAGUCCCACUGGAAAGUUUGGGGGCAACACAGACAAUGAAUUUGAAUCGGUCAAAGGUACAAAUCAAAAUCAAGACUUCAGUUAUAAAAAGAUAGAGAAACUUGCCAGUGACCUUGUUGAAAAACUUAUUAACGAUGUUGUGCAGAAGAAAAAGAAAAGAUUACAUUCUUCAAAGAUCACCAGUCCUGAUGUACAGAAGCUAGUUUUUGACCAGAAAGAGAGGGCGAGCUUUGCUGAAGCUGUUGACCAGCUCGCAGGACGGGUUGUUAAGAUGGCAGUCCUGGACGCCCAGGAUGUCGUAAAUGACUCUCUUGAUUCAGAUAGCUAUGGAUCGAUAAAUGAAGAGGAGUACAGUAUUAUCUCACCGAUGUCAUCAUUGAGGGAAAGUGACUCAUAUGAAAUCAUUAGGAUGGAUUCUGUUAGUGAGACUAGUAGUAGCCCUGUCAUCAUACCAAAAAAGAGCUUCUCAGUAGAAGAAUAUGUUGAGAAGAUUCUUCAGGAAAGCUUCACCGAAGUUAGAAAUUUUAAGUGUGGACAAAACAGUGCUAACAUGCCAAAGGAGUGUUUGAACCGGUGCCAAGAAAAUAAAGGUCAUGUUUUUGACACAUCCCAGUUUGCUGACAUGGUUAUCAGUGCCGCUUUGCAAAAAUUAAACAAGUUGAAAAGAUCAAACAGUAGCAACCGGAACAUAGGAAAUUUAGUUUGCCUAGCAACAAAUGCCACUGUCAGCUGUGAUGGGUCAAAGGUCAAAAGGAAUGAUUCGGAAUUAUUUGAAAAAAGCCACAAAUUGGAACUUCCUGAGCCAAGUACACAUUUGAUGCAUCAGAAAGUGCAUGGAGGAAAUUCAAUAUUAGCACAGGAAGCACAAGGUAGAGAUGUGAAUACAAUGUUUGAUAGAAGUGCUAAAGCAUCCAUGUCAGACUAUAGCGAGAAUCGUUUGUCCGGAGAAAACAGCGGACACACUCCAGGCACGCCACCACCGACGCCAGACUCCCAGACCAAGAAUAAUUUUGAUAUUACUAAAAAUAACCAACAUGUGCUGGAGGAAGAGCUUCGGAAGCGGUUUGCAUUUGAAGAACCUGAACUGGAGCCCAGCUGUAAAUUAACAAGCCUUGAUAGUCUGGCAAGCAGAUUAGCUUCAGCUGCUGUGAGUGACGGUAUCCAUAAAGUAUGUCGCCGGGAAAAGAAGCCAAGCUCAGCGAGCACUUUCACCGAAGAUCUACUGAAGAUUGGAAACAUCGACAUCACAGGCAAGAGACCAAGUUGCACAGAGGAAAACAUUGCUAUUUUUAGGGAGGAGCUUCGUCGAGCAUCCAUAGAGCAAGAAAGAGAGCUUGAGAGAAGAGGAUCUCAGCUGUCAGACUUUGCAGAUGAACUGGAGAGCGCAAGGUUUAAAGAAGACUUGCAGGAGAUUCCACAUCAUAUUCAAGAAUUUGCAUAUGAGUUGGCUAACAACAUCUUAGCAAGUGCUUUUAGGCAACAAUUUGGAGAUAUUGCAGACAAAAAUGAAGAAGAGCUUAAUGUGGAUACAGCUACACAAGAGUCUGGAGCAGUAAGUCUAGAUCCAGCGGCUCAAGAGAGAAAUUUACUUGCCAUGGCAACAAACCUUGCUAAUUCUAUUGUAGCCUCGGCUUUACAGGCACUCCGUGAUGGUCAAGCUGGUGGGGCUUCAUUACAAACAGAAGAAGCAGAGCCCGCAGAAGAACCAGCAUCUGAUGGAGCUCUACCAUCCAGUUUAGAGUCUGCGGAAGAGAACCAGGAAAACUACUGGGACCCUCAGAUGAAGCCUUUAAUGUUAUGGCUGACUGUUACCAAUUCAAAACUGCCUGGGGGAUCAAUAGCGAUGAAUGGACCAAAGCUUAAGAAAGUGUGUCGAAAAGCUCUUGAAAAGGGAUGGAAUAUUGACGACCUUGCAAUAGUAGUGAAGGAUUAUACAGAAUUAUUGGAAACAGACAACUCAGAAGAACUCCUUGACUACAUUCUUCGUAUUAGUCAAACAUGAAAUUACCAAAAAUUGGUAUGAAACAGUUCCGUAGAGAAAAGCCAAUUCUGUUUUUCAGAUUGGAUAAAAAGUUUUUAGAUAUAAUGAAUAUUCAGUGAAUAUGCUAAAUACAUGUCAUCAAGAUGGCUCUCCUUGUUCACAGUAUGAAUAUGUCAAUUUUUUUUGGUAGCUGUGAAUAAUUUACAAAAGAGAUUCAAAUUCCACACCCACAAAGAAAACAGGUACAUGUUGCAUUGCUUAGCAACAGAAGAACUGCUCAUGAAUAUGCUAAUAAGCAAAUAUGCACUCCAACUUAACUUAUUAUUACCAUAUAUGAUAAUAUACUAAAAUUGGGAUUAGUAUUACUAUGUUUUGUGUAGCACCUGAAAUAAUCAUUAAAAACAUUUGCUGUUAUAUAAAUUGACUGCUACAUAAAUUGAUGUUUAAGAAAAUGCAAAAAUGUAACUUUCUAAUUUUUAUAAAUUAAUAAACAUUGUAAAUAUCAAGUAUAUUCAAAUUUUAAAGAAUACAUUAUAAACAAAUUUUAAAUCCAUCCAACGAAGAUGAUCAUUUAGGACCCUUAACGUAUGCUUUAUAACCAUGUCUCAUUAUGAAGCUAGAGUAGUAGAGGGUUGGUCAUUCUUAUAACUAUGAUUCUAUAUAUUUACUUUUAUCCAAUUCAGACGAGAAAAUUCCCAAGAUAUAGUAUGAAUCUGUAUACAUAGUAACAAGGCACAACUUACCAUUCACUGCUGCAUUCCUAUCGUAAUUUUCUGCGUAUCAUUGUACCAAAUUUUAGCAUGGUUUUAAUUCACUCGUGAAGACGUAUCUUGGGGUGUCUGUGUAACAUUAACAUGCAUCCUGUGUAACAUUUCUUUCUGGUUUGGAUUGGGUAUCAGGAAGUAAAGUUGCAUUUUUGUAGUUAGAAUAUUUCAGGAUUUGAACCCAAGACCUUGUAGUCUGAAGGCAAGCACUUAACCUCCCCUCCACAGUUCUUAAUCUGUAAGUUGAUAAAGUUGAUGGUUGUUAAUGGUAUUAAAUUGUGCUGAGUUAUUAAGUGUUGGAUUUAAGAUACCAGUGCUAUCAAGUGAUAAACUCCAGGAUGCGUAAGUUUUUACCAGGUAUUAGAAAGAUAAAACUUGACUUUCAUCUUUCGAAAAGCCACUGUAAAGCUAAGAAUCCAUUUGUCUGUUUGCUGUUUCGGUUACAGUGCGUUUUAAGUGAAUUCAUCACAUGCGUUUUUAAAGGCCCCUUUACAUGGAUUCACCACACCACACGGCGGGCUGAAAUCAAAAUGGGUGAAUCGCUCCAUGGAGCGAUUAAAAUAAGUACAUGCGUUUACAGAAGCGCAACGCAACUGCACUAAUGGAAUCACUCUUGUUUAAAACAGUUACAUCGAUUAAAACGCACCGCAAACAGAGCCACAAUCUCAAUCAUACAUAUGGAUUUCUAGCUUAAUACGCACUUCUUAUGCCAUAAUAAUAAUGUUGAAUUUUAUUAUUACUAUUAAAUAGUUAACUGAAAUAUUUGUAAACCAGAUUUGAAGUUAGUAUGUUAUCAACAUACUUCAGACAGAGUAUCGAAGAAAACAUCACAACCCUUAUAUAUAUGAUUAGCCAAUUUCCAUUUGAGGAAGAUAUGGCACCAAUUUUAAAUUGAAUGCAUUGUAAAAAAAAAAAAAUUGUAAACCUACCUAUUAAAACCUUGAACAUAAAACAAUAAGCUUGGAAGUCAGACAUCAUUGCACAGUCCCCUGUAAAUAGAGUUGCAUAUGCCAGCCUUUAUUAAAUUUUCCAAAGAAAGCUUGUACUUCCCAGUCAUUUACCCCAAACUAGGGAAGGCAUAUUUCUUUUUAAUUUUUCAUUGGGAUAGGGUAUCCCCAUCCCCAAAAACCCUCCCCUCGCUUGGGCCUACAGCCCUCGUUUGGCGCUACGCUCCAAAGUACAACUCUUGCCGUGCCUGUCGGGGGCUUGGCCCUGCCGUGGAAGGAAUCCUAGCACUGCUACUGGUCUGAACUGAUGCGUUGUAAAUGAUCAAAAGCAAGCUCAUUGUCCGAAAUCCUCCAACUCAUUUUUUAAACCAAAUAUUGCUGGAUCACAUGAGUAACAUUGUCACAGACUUCUCAAGUUAUAUGGAACCUCUGUAGUUCCUACAGAAAUUUUGCCUAAUUAUGGACAAUUACAGAAAUAGACAAAGACACUAUGGAAAUUUAUUGUUACUCCUAGACCCAAUUACAGAUAAAUUAUUGUAAAAGAAAAGUGAGCCAUAAAAUAAACCUUCAUCCUCCAGUUUAGUUUUUAAAGUUCCACAGCUGUUGUUAUACUGUACCUGCAAUUUUGAGCAACCCAUCAAUGGCGGCUCUAGGAUGUAUUUUCUGGGGGGGGGGGGCUAAGUUGUCCGACUGGGGACUUGAGCUCGUAGG